CAUGAAUCCACAGCCUAAAAGAUGCAAUGUCAAGGAGUCCACAAGAGAUGGUCCAUUCAAAAGAGGACCACCAGAGGAGCCUAUUUUUCAUAAGAGGAGGAGGAGGAGGAGGAGGAGGAGGAGGAGGCCGAGGCAGAAGGAAACUUCGAGUGGUCUUCUACACGUGCCCACCGCAGCAGCUGCCGUGCCCCAUGACACAUCCUCCUCUAGAGAAGACACCUGUGCUUACUCAGUAAACAGAGGCUUUCGACUUUGGAGGAAUUUUGAAUAGAGGAAAGAGAGAGAGAAUGGGGAAAGAGAGAAGCAUGGUGGUGGGGGUGGUGUGGAACUGCGCAGAGCUGAAGUUUGUGCUAACGGGUCUCCUCCUCUUGGGUUCCUUCUUCACCCUCCUCCAGUUCCUUCCCCCUCGCGCCACCACCAUCUCCCCAACCGAGUUCCGCUCCUGCUUGUCGAGGAUCUUCCAAAACCAAUCCUCCUCCUCCCCCUCCCCCUCCUUGGCCACCCAAAAAUUGUCCUCCUCCUCCCCCUCCUUGGCCACCCAAAAAUUGUCAUUACCAGCUCCGCCUCCACCUCCGCCUCCGCCUCCUCCUUUGGAGCUGGAGGAAGCAAGCACAGCAGGGCCUGUGCUGAAACAGAUAUUCCGUCCAUACGGUGCUGCCGCGUACCUCUUCAUCCAGAUGAGCUCUUACAGAGGCGGCCUCAACACUUUUGCGGUCACGGGCCUUGCCUCUAAGCCCCUCCAUGUCUUCGGCAAGCCUACCUUCCAAUGCAUUUGGAUUCCCUCGGCCUCAGGCAACAAAACCCUGAACGCAUCUUCUUCUUCUAUCACUGUCAAUGCCACAAAGUUCCUCCCCGAUUGGGGCUAUGGCCGCGUCUACACGGUGGUCGUCCUCAACUGCACCUUCCCAACCAAUGUUGGUGAUGACCGAUCCGGCGGCCGUCUCCUCCUACGGGCCUUCCACGGCAGCCACGAGGACAGGCAGCCCGAAGAAUUUGUGGCCCUGACGGAGCGCCCUGGAUCCCUCAAUGCCUCGGUGUUCACCUCUCCCCCAUCUCUUGAUUAUGUCUACUGUGGGUCUCCCCUGUAUGGCGACCUAAGCCCCCAGAGGGUUAGGGAAUGGUUGGCGUAUCAUGUGAAGCUCUUUGGUCCAAGGUCUCGGAUCAUCAUAUACAAUGCGGGUGGGGUUCACCCUGAUGUGUUUCGGGUUUUGGAGCCAUGGAUUGAGGCCGGAUAUGUGACGGUGCAUGAUAUUACAGAGCAGGAGAAGUUCGAUGGGUACUACCAUAACCAGUUCCUGGUGGUGAACGAUUGCCUGCAUAGGUAUAGGUUUAUGUCGCGAUGGAUCUUCUUCUUCGAUGUUGACGAGUAUAUCUAUGUUCCCCCGGGGAACACACUCCCCUCUCUUCUCAGCUCCCUCUCUAAUUACACACAGUUCACCAUUGAGCAGAUGCCCAUGUCCAAUAAGCUCUGCCUCCUUCAGGACUAUCGCCGUGCUCCAAGGGAAUGGGGCAUCGAGAAACUGGUGUUCAGGAAUGUGAAGCGGGGGAUUAGAAGAGAUCGGAAAUAUGCGAUUCAGGCCCGCAACGCCUUCGCGACAGGGGUUCACAUGUCGGAAAAUGUGGUGGGGAAGGCACAGCACAAAACAGAGGGGAGGAUCAAGUACUUCCACUACCACGGGACGAUCUCGACGCGCCGGGAGCCCUGCCGGAAAUUCGUGAACGCGUCGGAGCUCAUCUUCGAGAGCUCCCCCUUCGUCCUGGACACCACCAUGCGGGCCCUCGCCCCCUCCAUCAAGAAAUUCGAGCUCAAGACAAUCGGUGAGCGCCUGCGGUCCACGCGUCAAUGAGUCGUCUCCCUCCUUGUCAUGUAUUUUAAUCACGGUGCAGUUUAUUCUUGUGUCGAUUAAUCAUUUUUUUUGACCCUGUACACAAAGGGGCUGUGUCGGUCGGAAUAGAGGUGCGUCGGUCGUGGGGCCACCAGAUGGGGACAUCCGACACGCGUGGGGACACUCCCUGCUGUCUUAAACCUCCUCCAUUUGUUUA